AUGAUGACGGAGACACCUUACUUCGGCUUGGUGGUAUUCUGUGGACCAUGGUAUCCUAAAGAGUAUGAUGACGGAGACAAUUACUUUCCAAGAAUUCUGCAUCCAUUCAAUUUUAUUCAUCUGACUGAAGCAGAAAUGGACAGAGGUUAUAGAGCAUAUUAUUGCUUAGCUAAAGUCAAAGAUCUGCACUUGAAGAACGUGCUGGGAUAUUUCGUUAUGGCUGACGAUACUGUAUUCAACUUCUGGAAUGGUAUCAAUAUGCAGUUACCACUACAUCCAACUGGUUACGACUUCAGCAGUAUAAGAGGAUGGUGGAUUACUGGGGACAUACCCGGAAGGAAUGCAACGGUAGCGGCAAAAGAGUUAUUCACACAAGUGUAUAAGAAUAUUACAUGGGUGCAGACAGUUUGGCAACAGUAUCAGAAAGGAGUGAGUUAAGC